CCAAGAGGAGAAUGGAGAGGAAAAGUGAAAAAAGAUUAAGCAGAUCAAAUCCAAAUAACUUGUUCCAAGUUAAUAGGAUUCAACCACGUGUGCACUUUCUCGAACCUACUCUUUCCCACUAACACUUUUUUUCUGCAAUAUCCCAAAUCAAAGCUCCACGUAUCCUUUCACUUCCCCAAAACAUUGACACGUACACUUUCUCUCAUUGGCCGAAACAAUGACCCAAUCGAAAAGCUCGUAAACGUCAAUUAAAUCAGUGUGGGCUCCAUAAAAGAAAUAAAGAUUUCAACCAAUCAUCUCUCUUCACUGGUAGCCCUAGACACGUGGUGCUUGUGAACCCUAGCCACCGUGAUACCGUUAUCGUUUCUGUUUUCUCUAUAGGGUUAAUUUUUCAGCCAGAGAAAGAGAGAGAAGAGUGAAGUUUUUGCCUAUUUCUUUCAAAAAGAAAUUCGGUGGCGGAAGUGGUGACAUGGAUGACGACGACGGCUGGCGCGUGAUUACUUGUUCUCAAGAUAAGACAAUAGUCAACCGGAUGAUGAUGAGAUUCCGUCCGAUUGCACCCAAACCGGUAACAGACGGAUCAAGCUCUACCGGCGGUCGGGAGCCGGAGAACAAGAACAGGAACGGUAUGGUUAGUAGUGUGAGGACAAAGAGAAAGUACGUUAGGGUUAAAAAGAGCAAGGAAUAUUAUAAAAAAAGAACGAAACAAAAACCAUCAGAUCUAGACGAUGAUAGUGAUACAAAAGAGAAGCUUUUUACGCUGCAGUUUUUUCCAGAGAAAACUGAUCUAGUAAAGGAUCAAUCAGGAUCUUGUAGUAAUAUUGUUGAUCGUACGAUCGAGAAAGAUCAUAUUCAAGAGAAAACGGAUCCAACAACGGCGUCGACUAACUUCAGCAACAAACAGGAAAACCGCGAUAUUAGCUGCGUUGCUGUUGCAGAUCGGACAGUUUUUGAAACGGUGGUGACGGUGGAAAGCGUGACGGACACGUGCAUGGAUGAGGUGGUGGGAGGCGGAGUAGGGUUAGUAGGGAGUACGGACGUGGAGAGAAUGAGGAAUCUAGAGAAGGACACGUGUCCAGGGUUUAUAUCGGACGGUUCGAGUAGAGUUCAGUGGGUUAACGAAGCAUACGAGAAGAUGAUGAUGGUGAUGGGAAGGCCCGAGUCAGUAGAGAUAAGAGUGCGAUUGGUGAUAAAGGACAAGGUAUUCCCUUAUCUCAACUGCCCAGCGUUUACGUGCUGGGUUAGGUUACAAUACACGUGGCAGAAGGAGAAGUACUGUCAGAUGGUACCGUGUGAUGUGUGGAAGAUGAGCAUUGGUGGGUUCGCAUGGAGGCUCGACGUUAAGGCAGCUCUCGGUUUGGGUCUUUAAUGAAAAUGGACGCCCGAAGAAAGUAACGCGAAUCCCCAGGUCAGGUUAUUGAUAAAGCUGGAAGCGGCAAAUUGAGUAAGGUAAGGUUGUUGUCUGUUAAAAAGAUUUAUGCAGAGAUAUUAUUAGUUGGUGUAAGAUUAGUCUAACCAAAGGAGGGAUUGGGAAUGGCCGAUCCUGCAGUUGAGUUUUAUCUACGUGGGUGUGUGUAUAUAAUAUAUAUAUAUAUAUAAAUAUAUACUUGAGAUAAAUUGAGAAAACACUAGAAUAAAAAAAGAAGCAACGAUGAGAAGAAAUAAUUUUGUGUUGGAUUGGUUCAAAGGGAACUGAGAAGGAAGAAAGAGAGUAGGUGGUUUUGUUGACACGCAGGAAGGGAUGAACAGAACCUUCCACAUGAUAUGAAAUGGCCCCAACCUUUUCUCUUGUCUUUUCGAUCGCUACGCCAAUAUGUAUGUAUAUCUAUCUGUUGGUACUGCCAGCAUAUAUACUCUCUGCAUUUAUCACUAUUUGGAAAGAAAAAGAUUGAUGGUA